UCACUCCAAUAAUUCAGUCAUAUGCUCCUAAUGAGGAAGUUAGCUGAGGUGACAGUACUGAGAAAUCCCAAAUUCUUUAAGCAUGACUGUGUGUCAUGUUUAUUUAGACAUGAAGCAAAUAUUGGUUCUGUCAGUGUUGUUGGUCACUGUGUCUGCUUGUGUGGACGGCGAGUUCAAAUGCACGUCUGGAGAAUGCCUUUCCACCCAAGUGGUCUGUGAUUUUAAGAGGGAUUGUAAAGAUGGCUCUGACGAGGAAUUCUGUGAUUGUGACUUUGAGCUCCACACCUGCCGUUGGAAAGAUGCCUCGAAUAAGUGGACACGGCAGAUGGUAAACAUGACCGGGAUACCUGGACAGGACCACACUACAGGAACCCCUUGGGGACAUGUCAUGUAUACAAAUAAAAGUGGUUUCCAGCCAGUUCAUUUGGAAUACUCUGUUGAUACACACGCAGCGCUGGCAUGUCAGAUCAGCUUCUGGUACUACAUUAAUAUGGACAGUCCAUCAUCAUUGCAAUGCCUUCAACUAAAAAUUACCAGCAGCACUACUGAGAGAAUGUUGCUGGAGAUUCCUUCUAGUACAAUAAAGAGUUGGCAAAAGGACUCGGCCAGUAUUGGUAACCUGCCAGGAGGAUACAAGCUGCUGUUUUCAUUCAUACCUUCCAUAUCGGAUUCUAUGGGCAUUAUGCUGGAUGACAUCAGCUUUGAAAACUGUGGAGAGGGUGAUGUCCCUGCAGGAUCAGACCAACUCUCAUGUGAUUUUGAAAUGGACACGUGUUCCUGGUACCAUGACUACACUACCAGGCUUUUGUGGGACCGGAAUGCGAGGAAAUUUCAAGAUGAAACUAAGAAGAAUUACUGCAUGCUCAUCGAAGCUGCAGACAAAGAUAUCUCUGCCAGACUCGUCAGCUUCCCUCGCCCUGCAGGUCAAGAGCUGUGUGUAAGCUUCUGGUACCACAUAUUUGGAAACAGUGUUGGUUCCCUGAAAUUCAUAACGAAGCACCCAGGUGAGCCAGAGACAGUUGUGUGGAUGAGGACUGGCACCCAGGGAAACAAAUGGCGAUUGGCUGAUCUUUCCUUCAACAGUGACAAGCCAAUACAGUUUAUUAUAGAAGCUGUUGCGAGUGGUAUCCAAGGCAGCAUAGCCAUCGACGACAUAGUGGUGUACAGCGCUGCAAAUGGUUCUUGUCUGCCUGAGAAAGAGUGCACCUUCCAGGGUUCCCUCUGUGGUUUCCAGCCUCAACCAUCUCUUACCUGGGACCGGAUCAGGGGGUCGUCUCUACCAGCCAACUCAUCUGGCCCCAACACAGAUCACACUCUGGGGACAGAGCAAGGUUAUUACUUGAGUGCCCACUUGUGGGGUCACCCUGUUGGGUCUACAAGCACGAUCAUGACAGCAGUCAUGGAGCCCACUCCUCUUGAUGGGGAAUGUCUCAUUUUCUGGUACUACAUGGAGGGAAGUGGAGUGGGUGAACUCACUGUGUACCUUCAGACACUGGACAGUGACAAAAAUCCUCAGAAGCUCUGGCACAGAAGUGGAGAUCAGGGAAGACACUGGCGACAUGGAAGAGUAACACUUCUCAGCCCGGGUACCUCAUAUCAGGUCAUUUUUGAAGCUACUGCUGGGGAUGAACCGAGGAGCGAUAUCGCCAUUGAUGACCUCACUGUCCUGAAUGGUGCCUGUCCCGAAGAAGGUUUUUGUGACUUUGAGAUGGACUUGUGUGGUUGGGUGAACAAUCCUCCAGUAGAGUCUGGAAUGGAGUGGGAUUGGCUCUCACCCCACAGUGAAAGACAAUUAAUCCCAGACAGGGACCACACCACAGACUCAUCUUUGGGCCACUUUGUGUCAUUUCAUGGCUCUAAGGUAAAUGAUCAUGCCCGACUUGAGAGUGAGACGAUGGCGGCUGUGGACAGAGCUUGCCUGGAGCUCUGGCACUACUCAGAUGGAUGGUUAGAUGAAAGGCCCUCUUCCAUAACACUGACAGUUUUUGUAAAGGAUUCUGUUGGACUGCAUGCUGUGUGGAACACAACAGGGUACAUAAAUAAAACAUGGAUCCAAGGCAGGGUGGAUUACAGCGCAUCAGAGCCUCACCAGAUUAUUUUACAAGCCAGCUCUUUUACCACAUUGGGUGAAUGCUUUGCCCUGGACGAUGUCCACAUCAUGAGGAACAGGGCUUGCGAUUACAUCAUCCCAACCACCACUUCAGCCCCUGCCACAACAACCACCCCUGCUCCUGCCUCUGCCAUGGAUUGUGCCUUUGAACAAGGUCUGUGUAAUUGGGUCAGAGAGGACAGUGAUGAUUUAAAGUGGACUCUCAGCAAUGGACUUCAUGUGGACCAACCAUGGGAUGGACCUCAGUAUGACCAUACUGUUGGAAAUAAUCAAGGUGUCUUUUUGCUGUUGAAUGGCACGAGAUCAGAGAAUGGCGGGAGAGCAGUCAUCUCCGUUCCUGCUGUCAAUGUUAAAUCAUAUGUUUGUGUUGGAUUCUGGUACUAUAUGCUUGGGCCUUCUGUAUCCACGCUGGACCUGCUGGUUCAGACAAAAUCCUCCGAAGUGUUAGUCUGGACUCGCAGAGGGACCCAGAAUCCAGAGUGGAUGAACGCACAAGUAACCAUCAGCGGGAGUGAUAUCACAAAGAUGAUGUUUGUUGGCCAAAGAAAGACCGACAGCCAAGGAUUCAUUGCCAUUGAUGAUAUUAGAGUGAAAGACGGGGCCUGCAGUGAUCAGAAUGUGUGCGCAUUUGAGUCCAGCUUGUGUGGUUUUGAGAACGAUGUCAGUCAUUUUGGUCACUGGUCUCGCAAAAAGGGAACAAAACAACAUGUGGAUCACACCUAUGGAACUGAAAAUGGUUUCUACAUGAGUGCGAUGGUAACAAACAAAGUGGCUCAGCUGCUCACACCAGAGAUCUCAUCAGAUACAGAGAUGUGUGUACGUUUCUGGUACUGGUUGCCUGCAGGUUCCUCUAACAGCCUAGCUGUCCAUGUGCUGCAGAGUGGCUUGCAAGAUGAAGCCCUUUGGCAACGGUCUGGCGCAUCUUUCACAGACUGGGAGGUGGCAGAGGUCACUGUGUCCUCCCCAGUGAAAUUUCGUGUGGGAUUUACAGCUGUCCAAGUGCCAGGCACCAACCCUACAGCAAAACUUGAUGAUAUUUCUCUGAGGGAUGGGGCCUGCACCCCUCCAGGUAGCUGUGACUUUGAGUCUGGACAGUGCAGCUGGAUCAAUGUGCCCAAAGAAGGUGGACAUGACUGGUUCCUGGCCAGCGGGGGUUCCCAUGGCCCACCUACAGACCAUACCACUCAAACCUCACAGGGUGGUUUUCUGCUGAGCUCAUCACUUCACCUAAACAGUUUAGCACAAUUGGUGUCAGAAUGGAUCCAACUGACAGACACAGCCCACUGUCUCAGCCUAUGGUACUAUAUGGAGAGCAGUGAUUGUGGAACAUUGCGGGUCUACUUGCGUUCAGGUCCAUCCGACAAGGAUCAGCUGUUCCGCGGUAACAGCAGCGGACACAGCUGGAGCAGGUUCUCCACCUCUGUGAACAGGACCAAACCUUUUCAGCUGCUGAUUGAAGCAGAGGCUACUAAUGUGGGAUUUAUUGCAAUUGAUGACAUCAGUCUCACACCGGGUCUUUGUCAAGUGAAUGAAACAAGUUCAGGAUUUGGUGGUUGCUCAUUUGAAAGUGGCACAUGUGAUUGGGAGGACACCAGUGAUGGCCAGUUACAGUGGGUGAGACGGAGGAACGCAACUGCGAACACUGGACCCCAUGUUGACAACACACUGGGCACUGAACUGGGUUGGUACAUGGCAGUGGAGCCUGAACGAGGAGAUCAGAUAAGCCCUGCAGCUCUGCAGAGUCCUGCAAUGAAAGACGCCAGUGCCACCUGCGCCCUUCACUUUUUCUACAACUUAUAUGGCGAUGACAUAAAAGAGCUGAAUGUGGUGCUAAGGGUGGGUUCCAGGUCCACCGCUCUGUGGUGGCUUUCGGGCAGCCAAGGAGAUCUGUGGCAACAUGGCGAGGUGACGGUUGGCAGAGUCCCUCAGGAUUUCGAGAUCCUCUUUACAGCCACCAGGACCUUCAACAAACCUGGACACUUGGCUAUUGAUGACAUAGACUUCAGGAACUGCACUCUGCCUGAGCCACAACCGCUGUGUCCAGAGAACAUGUUCAUAUGCAACAACAGAGUGUGUGUUGAGCACAGCAAUGUGUGUGACUUCAGUGAUGACUGUGGGGAUUGGUCUGAUGAGAUCAACUGUGAGCAAAAUGGCGUGGUGGAGCGCUGCAGCUUCAACAUAGGCCUGUGUUCCUGGACACAGAGCGAUGUGGACACACCUGGAGACGAGUGGAAAGUUGGCCAAGGAUUGAACAUGUGGCCCAACCACGGACCUCCCAGGGAUCACACCCAAAACUCUGCUGCAGGUUUUUAUAUUAUACCCGCGACUCACCUGACCAUAAAGGGUCAGACAUCAGAGAUUCUGUCCAAAACUUUACUGCCUGGUUUGAACUGCAACGUUAGAUUCUUCUACUUCAGCCUGGAUGAUGAUGCUGCAGCCAGACUAACAGUCCUGUCCAGGACACUGGGGUCUGGUAGUGGCGACACUCUUUUAUGGCUCAGGGAAAACUCACAGAACUACAACUGGCAGAGAGCCGAUGUCAUGUUCUCCUCAUCGGCCAACAGUAAGAUUGUCUUCAGAUAUGAGCAUGGGGACACCCACAGAGGCCUGGUCGCAGUGGACGACAUAUCUUUCUCCAAAGAGUGUGAAUUUGAUCCUGAGAACAACAAGCUCCCCGACACAGUGCCCACCUCUCCGCCAUCCACGUCUUUCGCCACCACCUCUACUACACAAGUCAAACCCUGUCAGGAUAAUGAGUUCUUCUGUUGGGCAUCGACUGGAGAAGAGUGUAUAUUGGCAACCCUGCAGUGUGAUUAUCAUUCAGACUGCCCCCAGGGGGAGGACGAGGACGGCUGUGGGCCGUGCUCAUUUGAAAACAAUCUGUGCCAAUGGACUGACAUCAGUGAGGGAGAGAGCAAGUGGCAGCGAGAGAAAGCAAGUGACACCACUGAGCCACCCACCGACCACACUACACACACAGGCUACUACAUGAGAGUGAAUGUCAGUCAAGAGUCCACACAGAGUGAGGCCCGCCUCCAGAGUCCUCAACUCUCACCAUCAUCCCACUACUGCCAAAUUCUGUUUCACUUCCAUAUCAGCGCAGAGAAUACUGGGUCACUCAGAGUGCUUAUGCAGCAAGCUGGAGGGAGUGAAGCAAUCCUGUGGUCACGUAGUCACAACACUGUCUCCGAUUGGUCUGCCGAGACUCUGCUUCUGGGCCUGCACGAGCAGCCUUAUAAGGUUUUGUUAAGUAGCACAAAUAAACCAACACGGGGUGCCGUGAACACUGGAGGUCAGGUUUUUGCUGUGGAUGAUAUCUCUUUUCUGAACUGUGAAAAAUACUAUCAACCACCAGCUCUGUCUGCAUAUGGCUGCUCUUUUGAGGAUGGUCUGUGCGUUUGGAUUCAGGGGGCCGAGGAUGAGUUGGACUGGCUCAGCAUGUCUGGUCCCACUGAAGCCAACAAUACCGGGCCUGCAGGAGACCACACCUCCGGCAAAGGGAAGUAUCUAUAUAUCAAGAGUUCCCCUCCAAGUGUUAAGGGGCACAUGGCCCAGCUGAAGUCCUUACCACUGCCACCUGCUGGAGAAACAGGAUACUGUCUGACAUUCUGGUACCACAUGUUUGGAGCAACUGUGGGCUCUUUGAGGAUACUUCUACAGACAGCUGAUCCCAUGAACAAAACACUGGUAUGGCAAAAAUCAAGAAAUCAAGGGGAUGAGUGGCUGCUGGUGCAGAGUCACGUGAUGCUACAGGAAGUCCACCAAGUGGUUCUGGAGGCUACAGUUGGCGGAGAAGCAGGAGACAUCGCAAUCGAUGACAUCUCCUUUAUCAGUGGACACUGUCCUGUGUCUGAUCUGUGUGACUUUGAGGAGGGGACUUGUAACUGGCAGCAGCACACCACUGACGACUUUGACUGGAUCAGAGAGUCGGGCUCCACACACAACCCAAACACGGGACCAGACACGGACCACACCACCAACACACCCACGGGCCAUUAUUACUACCUGCCCUCCUCUGCUGCUGACCGCGCUGGCCAGACCGCUGCUAUGUCGUCACCUCUCUUCCCCACAGAAAAAGGAGCCUGUGUUCAGCUGUGGUACCAUAUGUAUGGCAAAGGCAUGGGGACGCUCAAUGUUUACCAGCAGAGCGAAGAUGGGAAGGAGGCUCUGAUUUUCUCUCAGACAGGAGACCAUGGCAAGCUGUGGAGGUUCGCUCAGGCUUCACUUCUGCCUCGGGUUCAGCCGUACAAGAUUGUUGUGGAGGGCGUGAAAGCCGGCCCCACUCAGGAGGGAGACAUGGCUUUUGACGACAUACAUCUGACGGACGCUCUGUGUCCUCCUCCUGGAUUUUGUGACUUUGAGAUCAACACGUGCGGCUGGAGCAACCUGGGCGGAGGAGUGGACCAGGGCGACUGGCUCCGUGGCACAGGGGCCUCUACAAUCCCAAACGCCGGACCCAGCACUGAUCACACCACCAACUCAACACAUGGUCACUAUCUGUAUGUGGACAGCUCAGUGGGUGAGUGGGGAGACAUGUCCUUCCUUGUCAGUGAAGUGUUCCAGCCGUCCACCAGAGGGCACUGUCUCACCUUCUGGUACCACAUGUAUGGCAACCAUGUUGGGACUCUCAGAGUUUUCAUAAAUGACAGACAAAUGCACACGGGUGGAAAUGAAGAAGGGAUGCUGAUUUGGAUUGAGACAGGAAACAGGGGAGAUGAGUGGAAGACGGCCACUGUGUCUUUCAAACAUGAAACAGCGUUCUGGUUGGUGUUUGUGUAUCAGAGGGGGAAGAAUCCAGGUGGGGAUGUUGCUCUUGAUGACAUUACCGUCUUCCCUAGCAGCUGCUACUCAGAUCCCCCUCCUGAGGAUAGCAAUGAUAUUACGUCCAUAGUCCUCGCAGUCACUCUGACCCUGCUGGCUGGUUUCAUCAUCUCCGUCCUCCUCUUUAUGUUGAACAGGAAAUGCAGUCUAAAGAAUCUGUCACCAACGAGAAAUAAUGAUGCGGUUGACCUCUUUGACUGUCAAAUAGAUGGCACACGACAUCGCAGUGAUCUUUCCUUUGACAACAAGGUGUACGGCCCGUCACCAAGUGAUGCCAGUGUGGUUUCAUCUGAUGCUUAGCCCAGAGUCAUACAACAGACAUAAAAACCUCACAGUUUGUAAAUAAUGCCACAUGAGGAUAUUUUAACUUCGCUUUAUUACCUUUGUUGAUGUUUUUGGCAGUGUUUGCCUUUCUGUUUCAUCUGUGUGAUAUUUUUAGGAUUUAGGAUGCAAGUCCAUUACUUGUAUUCGCCUGGCCCAUUCCAACAAACAUCUUUGCUUAACUUGAAAUUUUAAUCAUUGAAAUUAACUUUUAAACACACUAUAUUAUAUAUAAAAAUUGUUGUGGUUCUGGGCAGCCAUUUUGUUGUGUUGGCUUGCAUUCAUGCUAUAGUGUGCCCUGGAUAAAUCAUCAAAAAAAUUUGUUACAGGGGACAUUGAUGUAUAAAUACAAAGUUAUCAAAAUCCUCAUCUGCCUGUGUCUCCAUCACCAUCUUCUCACUUAAACCUGCCCCACACUGAGGAUUUUUCAAAUCCUGGGAGACCAGAGACACAAUGAACUUUGUAACUGAUUUUUAAUAUUUAAAUCCUGAGAAAGCACAGACUAGAAGAUCCAGUCCAGACGCAGGACCACAUACUUGCUGUUUAAUCAAAUGAUUUCAGGGAGGAGAUUCCAGGGGAUUUGGGAUAUCACAGAAACUUGAGUGACUUAAUGUGACUUCAGCAUGUAUUAUUAUUACUACUAAGCAGAAUUGAAAUGUUAGUGUCAUUAAUGAAAUAUAACAUUCCCACAAAUUGAGCAUGUGUUGUGCAUGUGUGUUGUCCAAAGUACAAUGUGAGCAGACAUUCUACUGCAUUUUGUUUAACUCUUACCUCACAGAGUGCAUUGCAAUUGUCAGGUAUGUCUGUUUACUUUAGCAGCGUGAAGGCUUGGAAGGUGGAUGUUUGUACUUAACAGGACUGACUAUGAAAGUUUUAAAAAAAGGUUUAAUUAACAACAGUGCUGUAACAGCAAGACAAAUUGUGCGAAUGUGGCUGUAAAUACACGAAUACAAAUAAUUUGAAUUUCCCAUA